CUUCGCGCCAUGAAUCUCCGCAACAUUUGCACAUUAACGCUGCUGCCCACGCUCUAUGUGCUGCUGGUUUUAUUACUGGAAUUUGUUGAGGAGGGCCUGGCACAGAAUCCCGAUCCGCUCUUCGAGCUGCCCGUGCAGCUAGUUGGCUUUCCCGUUAUUGUGCUCUCGGUGCGUUUGUCCCAGUUCGCUCGCAAGUUGGCCUAUUCACUCAGUCCAAGCACCUAUCGCAGCCGCAGCAGACGUAACGCCGCUCAGCCCUUAGCACUCGACGCUGAGCUGGCACAGAAGGAAAUUCUGCGCGAGUUUGGACCACGUGCUUGCAUUUUAGAGGAGCCUUGCCGUGUGCACGCCUCACGUCCCGGCAGUCAACGUCGUCCGGGCAGCAACCAACAAGCUACAGCACACGCUGCCUGGGCCGAGGUGUUGAGCAACUACAAAGUGCAAUCAACUGAAGGCAUGAAACAAUGGUAUCUGCUCUCGCUCUUUAUCGGCGAUGCUGUGCGAGAUGUGCCGUUAUGCAAGCACCUGGCCAAGCGGCUGCCAUGUCCAGGCGUUGGACCGCUGCCACCACCACAGCCACGCUAACAAACGAAACCAGUCGGAUCAGCAGCGAGCAGCAGUGAGCAGCAGCAGCAACUGUGGGCGGGCUUAUUAUUAUUUUAUUUUUUAGAUGUUGCAGUUUCGAGCGCUGUGGGGAACGCCGCACUCUGCUUCAUAGUCAGACAUCUUUGUUACGCUGCUGCUCCAGCUGCUUCUUCUACUCUAACUCUUCAUCAAUUUGUUUGUACUCUUAGUUGAUUUUUUUAAGGGCUUUUAUUUAAACGAGCGACAGCAUAGGCUUAGUACAUAUUAAGUAUGCAUGAAGAAUAAGCAAAUAAAUAAACCAAAAAGUAAACAAUUCUCUCUUGCUAAAAAGUUCUAGCUAAAGUUUCCCAAAAUUUGUGCGCUGCCUAUGCCAGAACAUGUCUGUGAACUGUACCGCGUGUCCAGCAGCCGCACACAAUGCAUUUUUUCCAUUUACGCCCUCUCGCUUACAAUAAGCGUACGACGAAAAAAAAUACAAAUUGAUAUGCCGAAAAGCAAUGGCCGCAAAAAAAAAUGUUGCAUGCAACGGCGCGCACAAUUUGUUGACGCAAGGCAUUAAGCUGCCAGCAGCGCUUUGUUGUCCAAGCUGCCCUGCAAGCGAAAUUCAUACGCCGGGUGUGCUGUACA